ACCUUUGCAAGCUUAAAAUAUAGAGAGCUCAUAACUUCUUCACUUCAUUUUCUCCCUCCUCUCUCUCUCUCUCACACACACACAAUGGAGAAGGUAUUUGGGCUGAGCCACCUCUUCAUGACGGUGUUCCUCCACUGCUUCGCAAACUUCAUGGUGGCUCCGGCCAUCACAGACGUCACCAUGGCCGCGCUUUGCCCCGGAGAAGACGAAUGCUCCUUGGCCAUAUAUCUCACCGGAGCUCACCAAGUGGUAACUGGACUGGGAUCACUCAUGACAAUGCCUUUGGUUGGGAAUCUCUCCGACAUUUAUGGAAGAAAAGUGAUGCUCACACUCCCCAUUACUCUCUCCAUUUUUCCUCUUUUGAUUCUGGCGUAUGGCAGGACAAGAUAUUACUUCUAUGCUUAUUAUGCGCUGAAAACUCUGUUUUCAAUGGCUACUGAAGGCAGUGUCCAUUUUCUUGCUCUUGCUUAUGUGGCCGAUAACGUUUCAGAGAGCAGACGGGCUGCAGUUUUCGGCAUCAUGUCCGGCUUUGCUUCUUCCUCCUUCGUCCUUGGAAACUUAUCCUCUCGAUUUCUCUCCACUUCAGCUGUUUUCCAAGUGGCUGCUGCGAUGUCCAUCGUCGCAUUGGUGUACAUGAGAGUCUUUCUUAAGGAGUCCAUCGCCAGCAACGUCGCUUCUUGCAAGAGCUCGGAAACCGAAUGCCUUCUCGAGAAAUCUCCCUCCAAAAAAUGGAACCUUUUCAAGACUCUUCCAUCUCUCAAUGAAUCCAUUUCCUUGCUGAAGACUAGCCCAACAUUUUCCAAAGCAGCUGCAGUUGCAUUCUUCAUCACAGUUGCAGAUGUUGGCCUCUUUUCUUCAUUGACAUACUUUUUGAAGGCUCAGUUCCACUUCAAUAAAGAUCAAUUCGCCGAUCUUAUGAUUAUAGCCGGAAUCGCAGGAGUAGUAUCACAGCUCAUCAUCAUGCCUGCACUAACUCCACUCAUGGGAGAAGAAAAGAUGCUCUCGGUUGGACUGUUUUUCGCCUGCGCUCAUAUUGUACUCUACAGUGUCGCGUGGGCACCUUGGGUACCUUACGCUGCAGCAACGUUGUCACUUCUGACUAGCUUUGCUCUUCCAUGUCUACGUAGUAUCGCUUCCAAACAAACUGGACCGAACGAACAGGGGAAGGUCCAAGGCUGCAUAACAGGGAUCGGCUCCUUCGCCAACAUCGUCUCGCCUCUUGCUUUCAGCCCUCUAACAGCUCUGUUUUUAUCAGACAACGCGCCUUUCCACUUCCCGGGAUUCAGCAUUAUGUGCGCCGGCUUAGUUUCUAUGAUUGCGUUCGUGUAUAGCACAACGAUAAGGCCGCCCCCGACACCUUCCAAGAGCGAUAUUUGCAGCUCCAGCACCGCGGACCCUUUAGUUUGAGCCGCACGCGAUUGUGUCUUGGUAUUCAUUAGUACUAUCAUGUUUAUAGUGAUCAGAAUCUAGGCAUGUUGAAGGAAAUAUAGAAAAUAGAAAUGUAUGAAAAUAGUUCUCAUGAAUGUAUAUGUUAUCAAACAUCAUAUGGGAAAAUUUAUUUUUUUGUGA